AUGAAAUUCAGCGCCCUGUACACACUGUGCAUUCUGUGCAUCCCGUACCUAUUGGCCACUUUAGCCAACUGUUCGGAUGAGGAGGUGUACGAAAAAGUGAAGUCCAUUGUGAACGAAGCAUACGACUGCUCGCUGGAAGACGUGGAGUUCAUAGACAAGUAUAACGAAAAAUUGUACUGGAUAUGGACGAAUAAUCUUUUCAGGUAUUUAAGAGUCAAGCUGUAUUUGUACGAAAGUGAAGACAUUUACAAAAAUGUGAAAGGGAAAAAAGGCAACGCUUUGGGGGACGAUGUGGCGGAUGCGCUGCGGGAUGACUUCUUUAUCUACAAAGAGAGAGAGGAAUUCAUACGAAAUGCCCUGAACAUUCUGUCCAGUGAAAAAUCCUUGGCAAAAACGAUAAGUAUUUUCGAGACGUUUCAAAUUCAAAAUAUUAUUACCAGAAACGAUUUUCACAAAGGGACGCAGAAUUUAAAGCUGACGAUAAUGUAG